CAAGGAAAACAAGAGAGAGUCGGAGGUGAAAGGGGAAGGAGGGGUGAACAGAAGACAAACAGUGGGGGAAAGCUGCCUUCUAUUCCCAGUCUCCUCGGACUCCAUCCCCUCCGCGACAUGUCGCGAUCCUUCUAUGUCGACUCCCUGAUCAUCAAGGACUCCUCGAGGCCUGCGCCCUCCCUACCUGAGCAGCACGGCCCAGACUUCCUCAUCCCCCUGGGCAUGCCGUCGCCCCUGGUCAUGUCAGUUUCGGGGCCCGGUUGCCAGUCCCGCAAGAGCGGCACUUUCUGCGUGUGUCCACUCUGCGUCACCUCCCACCUGCACUCAGCGCGGACGGGCGGCGGCGCAGGCGGCGGGGGAGGAGGAGGCGGCGGCGGCAGCGGGGCAGGCGGAGGGGCCAUCCCCCUGCUCAAGAGCCAGUUUCCCCCUGGCCCUGGGGAUGGGCAGUUCUGUCCCCGGAUGAGCCAUGCCCAUCACCACCACCACCAGCCGCAGCACCACCAUCACCACCAGCCCCAGCAGCCUGGCUCGGCUGCGGCGGCUGCGGCGGCUGCGGCUGCGGCUGCGGCGGCGGCCGCUGCCCUGGGACACCCCCAGCACCACGCACCUGUCUGUGCCGCGACCACCUACAAUGUCACCGACCCCCGGAGGUUCCAUUGCCUCACCAUGGGUGGCUCGGAUACUAGCCAAAUUCAGAACGGCAAGAGGAUGAGGACAGCUUUCACCAGCACCCAACUCCUGGAGCUGGAGAGGGAAUUCUCCUCAAACAUGUAUCUUUCUCGACUCCGGAGGAUCGAGAUUGCCACGUACCUUAACCUCUCGGAGAAACAGGUGAAAAUCUGGUUCCAGAAUCGUCGGGUGAAACACAAGAAAGAGGGCAAAGGUUCGCAGAGGAACAGUCACGGGGGCUGCAAGUGCGUCAGUAGUCAAGUUCACUACCCGCGGUCGGAGGACGAAGAAUCCUUAUCCCCUUCCUCCGCCAACGAAGACAAGGAGAUCUCCCCAUUAUGAGCCCCCCUUCCUCACCGGAACAAGCUCCUAGGGUCUAUCUGUCCUUCUCUCCCUUCCCAACCCCCAUCUCCCAUCCCUCCUGAGACUCUCCUACGGGGAGCCUACCUGGCAGGCGCAAAGAAAUCAUGAACAUUUUGCAGAGGCCAGCGAAAAUGGUGAACUCGGGACGAGAGGAGUCUUCUCCAGGGUUCUGCACUUGCUGCUGCUGCUGCUGCUGCAACCACGCCAAGAGGAGAAUCAUGUCAACUCCUCACCUCCUCUCCCUGCACCAGGCAUAGCUCAUUUCAGUUUUUUUUUUUUUUUGGCUUGGUUCCUGUUCAAUUCGCAGUCAUAGAUUCUUUUAAAAGCGUAACUGAUUUAGAAGUCAACUAAAAAUCUUGUAUAACACAAAAAAAGCUGGUGUUGUAGAAUGGGGGUUAUUUGAAAGUUUAACACUAUAUUGGGGUUUUCCAAAAAGUAUGAAUUUACUCUCCUGUUUUUCAACAUCUCUUAUGGCUGAACCCCGUUUCUUGUUUAUUUUAUUGUGCUUUUUUUUAAAGGAAGUUUGAAUUAACUUAGAAAAUUAUACUUUGUAGUUCUGUUUCUGAAGAUUAUAAAAAGUGACAAAUCCAGUCAUUGAGAAUCCCUUUGUAUGUGAAUAGUUUUAUAUAAAUUUAUAUUUAUAUUUAUUUA